UUUCGGAGUCCGCUUCUUUGCUCCGUGGCUGCUGGGUAAGCACCGAGGAGCUGGCGAGGCUGCAUCUUAGACUGGGCUGAGGUCUCCUCUCUGGAUGCCUUUACCGAAGCCCCGGGUGGGAGCGAAUGGCCAGGUGAAAUAUUAGAUUAUUUCAAAAGCUGGAGCUGAAUGUAAUGUUAAAUAAUGGCAACAGGCGACUUGAAGAGAAGCUUACGGAACCUCGAACAAGUGCUUCGCUCGGUAAAUUAUCCUCAAGAAGUGGAUUGUGUAGGUUUGGUUAAGGGAGAUUUAGCAGCAUCUUUACCCAUCAUCAGCUAUUCUCUUACCUCAUAUUCUCCUUAUGUAGCAGAACUUCUGAUGGAAUCCAAUGUAGAACUCAUAGCAAAGAAUGACUUGCGCUUUAUAGAUACUGUCUAUAAGCUUCUUCGUGAUCAAUUUAAUUAUAAACCAAUCUUGACAAAAAAGCAGUUUCUCCAAUGUGGAUUUGCAGAAUGGAAAAUUCAAAUUAUCUGUGAUAUUUUGAAUUGUGUGAUAAAAAAGCACAAGGAGUUGAGUGGUCUUGAUAAGACUCUAUCACUACAAAGAAAGAAAGUCAAUUGUGCUAAGUCAGAACCUAGUUCAAGCAGCGAGAGGUCAUCUGCAGAACCUGUUGGCAUUGAUAUUACUGGCAGGUUCACAACUUCAGGAAAGAAGAAAGCUGUGGUGAUCCGUCACCUCUACAAUGAAGAUGGUGUGAGCAUUUCUGACAGUACGUCAAGUGCAAUGACAGAUGUGAAUGAAGCAUUUGCUGUGAGUGACUUAAAGGAUACUGAAAUACAGAUUCCUGAAGUAAAGGUCCCUGAAAUCGAGUCUGAGCAACAAGAUAUAAAAGUUAAUACUGAGCUUAUUGAACUAAAGACUCUGCUUGCUGAAUGCCAAGAAAAGCUUAAGAAACUGACUCAGAUGGAGAGCAAAUUAGAUUCUUUGGAAGAAAAAAUGAAAGGAAAAGUGAUGGUAGAUGAAAAAACCUGGACCAAUCUAAUAAGUCGUGUCACUCUUCUUGAAACAGAAUUGCUUUUGUCCAAAAAGAAUGAUGAUUAUAUCAACUAUGAUGAAACAAAUGAAGACUAUGCUUCUGGUAGUAGUAGCAGGAAUAUUCUGAAACUUGAUAGCAAAAGCAAAGAGAAGCAAAGCAAAAGCAAAGAGAAAUUAGCUAUUCCUCUGUCUUCCUGUUAUAGAACAGUAUCUAGAGACACAACUCCCAGAACCUCAACUCUUAAUUACUGUGGUCUGAAAGAAAUUUCAGAGGAAACAACAAUUCAGAAAAUGGAAAAGAUGAAAAAAAUGUUUGAAGAAACUGCAGAGUUACUGAAAAGUUCAAAUCAUUCACUAUGAAUUUUUCCACAUGAACUUUUCCAGGACUUUUGCUACUGUAUAUGUUGUAUAUUUUAAGAAUUCCCUAUAAAUUUUAAUAUACUGCAGUAAUUUUGUUAAGAAUUUUAAUUCCUUUUGGUAUAUGAGCUUUUUCAUGCAAUAUUGAAUAAAUAUUUAAAUAUUUUUGUG